UUUGCCAAGCAAGUACAGAACCAGGUGGCUCACGACUAACACGUCCCUCAGCUCAGCUCAACACAACUCGUCUCGGCUCAACGACUUAUCGUGUCCCAGAUCAUUUUUAUUAUCAGAAUCAUUCACAAGUUUGAAGGCCAAGCACCUGCUUGCUAGAGAAAAAUGGCUGACCAAAUGGUAUCCUUUGCAAUAGAAAAGCUCGGUAAUUUUCUUAUACAAGAGGUUAACAUUAGGAUUGGAGUGAAAGAUGGUGUAAGAUGGCUUAAGGAUGAACUGGGCUACCUCCAACCUUCAUUAAGAUAUGCAGAAGGAAAACAAGAAAUUGAUCCUCGGAUUUCCCCCUGGAUAAACAGCAUCAGAGAGGUCGCGGAUGAAGCUAGAAUUACCAUUGAGAGGUUCAGCAUUAUGCAAGAAGAACUUGCAGCUAAAAAAGUCGGUGUUAUGGAUCGUCUGCUGAGGAUUAUUUGCAUGUGCAAGAAAGAAGUCCGUCUUUAUAAAUUCGGCAAGGAGAUUGAGUCACUCAAGGGAAGAGUUGUUGAGAUCAAGAAGAGACGAGACGAGUACAAAAUAGAUGACAUAUUAGCCCAUCCUAAUUUGCAUAAGAGAAAAAGAGCAUUCCUAAGAGCAACCUCCUUUGAAAACCUUGUAGAUGUGGUCGGUUUUGAGGAUGAUUAUAGGACUUUGUUAAAUGAACUUGUCAAAGAGGAUCCUUCCCUUGGCAUGAUUUCCAUACAUGGAAUGGGCGGGUUGGGCAAGACUACUCUUGCUAGCAAGUUGUACCACUCGAGCGAGUUGAGGCAUUUUCAGACUCGUGCUUGGGUUUGUGUGUCCGAGGAAUAUAACAUCAAAGAUGUUCUGGAAAAGAUAAUCAAGUCUUGCAUAGGACAAGAACUGGAUUCUUUGAAGAGGAUGGAUGAGGUCGACUUGCUGCAUCACUUGAAAGAUAUAUUGCAAGAUCGUGGUUGUUAUUUGAUCGUAAUUGACGAUAUAUGGGAUAUACAAGUUUGGGAAAGAAUUAGAAAAGCUUUUCCAGAUAAGCAAAAUGGUAGUCGAGUAAUUAUAACCACAAGGAAUCAAGAAGUUGCGCGGAGUGUUGAUGAUAGAUGUUUUGUCCAUCAACUCCGUUUUCUCACAGAAAAUGAGAGCUGGGAAUUGUUCUGUAAGAGAGCAAAACCAACUAAACAACAAGAGAAAUUAGGAAUGGAGAUGGUGCGUAAAUGUAAAGGUCUACCACUUGCCAUCGUGGUACUAAGUGGGUUGCUUUUGCACAAGAAUUGGUCGGAUGUGAAUGACCAUCUUUGGAGAAAGUUGAAGAUGACUUCCAGGGAAAUUCAUGAGAUACUAAACUUGAGUUAUGAUGACUUGUCUCUUCGAAUGAAACAAUGUUUUCUUUACCUUGCAAGAUAUCCCGAAGACCAACCUUUUCCGGUCAAGGACUUAAUGUCGUUAUGGAUUGCAGAGGAAUUCAUAACAGAAGCUGACGAAGGAGAUGGGGUAGUGAUGGAGGAUCUGGCUGGAGACUGCCUAAAUGAGCUAAUUAAUCGCAACAUGAUUCAAAUAGCAAAACUGAAUUUGGGUGGAGAAGUCGUAUAUUGUCGGAUGCAUGAUCUCUUACGUGAUCUUGCCAUACAGAAGGCCAGGGGGAACAAGUUAUUAGGAAUUUUUGACUCAAGUAAACAAUAUGAAAGUCCUAUUAAUCUGCUACAAGGACAACCACGACAAGUCAUAUUCAAUGGGAUUAGUGAGUACUUAAAUUCAGUUGCGCAUAGUUCUGAUGAUGUAAGAUUGCGUUCAUUAGCAGUAUUUAAUAUUGGAUAUAGUGGACUUAUUGUCAAAUUGGAAGAAACGAAGUUGAUGUUCACAAGAUUUAUAUAUCUAAAAGUUCUAGAUUUGAGGCUUGCAGAAUCAGACAGAAUACCCGAAGAAAUAGGGAAUCUGGUACUCCUAAAGUUCCUAGGUUUAGUUGGGGGUCUCCAUUAUCCCAAGAAACCUGUAGUAAUUCCUCCAACUAUAGGCAAACUGAAAAAGUUACAAGUUCUAUGUGAUUCGGCAGGAAGCUACGAAGUUCCUAGAGAGAUAUGCGAGACAAAAGAGUUGAGGCAUUUACAUAUUCAUUCACCUGUAGGGAAUUUGAGUAUCACUAGCCACCAGAUAAAACUCCAGACUAUACAUAAUAUACCGUGUGAGGAUUGGAUGAAUAUUGACCCCGUGAAUUUCAGCAACCUCCACACACUAGGUUUAGUGCUCUCACCAGAAAGAGCAAAUGCUGCCAACAGUUUGGACUCCAUGAUCAGUUUAACAAGUCUCCAAAUACUCACGCUACAUUCAAGCCUCACUAAUGUUAUUCCCACAUUCAAGCCACUACGGUGUUGCCAACGUCUCAAGGUUUUUCAGGUUGCUGGUGGUAAAAUAAAAGAUCCAUUAGAAUUAAAACAUUUGCCGGAUUCGGUGACGACUUUAGAUCUAUGGCGUACUAAUUUCACGGAAGAUCCCAUGCCCGCUUUAGCAACUCUGCCAAAUCUGACCUCCCUGUAUUUGUUUGAAGUGGAGUCUGGGAAUAAAAUGGUAUGCAGCCAGGAUGGAUUUCCAAGUCUAAAAUAUUUAUUAUUAUUACGACUUGUGAAUCUGGAAGAAUGGAAAGUCGAGGAUGGUGCCCUGUCUUCUCUCAAAGGUCUCACAAUAACAGAGUGUGAAAAGUUAAUAUUGGUUCCGGAACGAUUAAAAUCUAUUCCCCUGGUACCUGCGAUAUACAUGCAGUAUGGUUCUACAAUAUAACUGUAUAUUACAGACUAGUUCAACGACUCUCGACUAUUCCGCAUUCAACAUACUCAGAGAUUUCAUUUCAGGUGAGGAAUACAUGAGAUCUGAUUGUAUUUUAUUCUCUCAAUUCAUUCCUCAACUAUCUUCUUUCAACACUGGUUCUUUUGACAAAAUUUAGCGUUUGUUUAUUAAAUAUACCCUCGUGAGUAUAUGCAGGAGACGUGACACGUACUUUGAUGCUUCUCUCAAGUACAAUUCUAUAAUUUUUUUAAAAAAUUUUACACGGGAGGCACACAGUUUAAUACUUCUCUAAAGUAUAGUUGUAUAAUUUACUUUUAAGAUUAUUUUUCCAAAGGAAAAGAAAAAUCUUAAAAAUAAGUUAUAAUGCAUCCUGGGUGGAGUAUAACACUCUUCGUCGGAGCUAUCCUCGGUUUGUCGGCGAGGACGCCUCUGUUUCAAGAAAUAUGCAUUGUUAGAAUGGGGUCCCUCAAGUCCUAAUUCUGAAUAUAUCUUCAGCAGGUUACGAUGUCGUUUAGUUUGAGCAAACCCCUGUCGUUUUGAACUUACUCUAAAACUCCAGCAAUGUGCCUGAUUAUUAUUAUUUUUAGUUUGUAAUUUCAGUAAUAGCACUCUUUAUGGAUAAUCUGGAUAUAAAUGAAGUCGCUAUUUUCUUUUUUUAAAAUUUCUCUCCAUUGCUAACUGCCAUUAUACUCAAUUAUACAGAUAAACCCUAGUCAUUUGUUACGGAAAGCUAUAGUAUAAUUCCUCCAACGAUCGGUAAACUGAAAGUGCUACAAAACUUUGUGCAGUUCUUUAUGUGCAUAUAAAUUUCCAAGAGAGAUAUGUAAGAUUAAACUCCAUAUGCACU